UGAUCUGCAUUUUGCUGAUGGCAGUAUUUCAUCCUGUACAUACGGCGCUCGGCAACAUCAAAAUCAUGGCACACACAAGUUUGAAUCAAUAUUUGCAACAGGUAGAAAACGGGAUCAAAAGGAGAGAUGGCAGCCUUCUUGCUGACCAUCUUUCUUUCAAGCAUCCACACAUUGCCAAUCCCAGACUUCAACUCGAGAGUCCAGAGGAACAGUGUGAACAAUGGUUUGAGCCUCCAUAUGAUGAAAUGGUAGCAGCCCAUCUAAAGUGCUGUUGGUGUGUGGCUAAUCAUGACUUCAUUGAAGCAUACUCACUACAAAAAGUUGUUGUUCAAGCAUUCAACAAAGCUUUCCAGAGCCAAAAAGAUGAAAACUGGGCUCUACCUGUUUUAUAUGUGGUCAUAGUUGAUCUGAGGUUAUUUGCCAACAGUGCUGAGACCCAGUUGUCAAAGAAAGGGAAAGGAAAACCUGGUGAAUUAUUAGAGAAAGCAGCUGAUACUAUGAUGGCUUGCUUUAGAACGUGUGCUGCUGAUGGGUAUGUAUAUUAUGCCUCCAUUCUAUUCACUUUCAUGCACCAGGGCCCCGUCUUACAAAGAAUUACGAUUGAUCCAAUCAUCUUUAACUACCAUGUAUAUGAAAGUCCCACAAUGUCAUAAUGUCUUCUCCAGAAAAUUUGCAUGAUGUCCUUUGUAAACAAAGAGAAGCACACUGAAUUGGUAAGAAAACAAUGAAUGAAUGAUUAUACAUCACAUCUUGGAAAUAUUUUAGAUGUUUUAGACAUUUUAGAUGUUGACGUUGCUGGCUUUCCAUAGACGUUGCUGGCUUUCCAUAGUUGUGGUUGAUCGGAUCAAUCGUAACUCUUUGUAAGACGGGGCCUAGGUGGAUGUUUCAUAAAGCUGUUUGUAAGUUAAGAACGACUGGUGAAACUUUCUUACGUGCUAAACCAUCGCUGAUGAACAUAUUGGUGUAUACCAUUUACCACAUGAAAGGAUCACCAGUCAUUCUUAAAUUCGCUCUUAACUUACAUAUAGCUUUAUGAAACACCCACUGAGGGGGGUGUUUAAAACGAUUAAAGAGUGACUUACAUUCAUGCUUAAGUGCCAGUGCGCACAUGAUAUUUAAACUGUGAUAUCAUUGAUUGGUAGCAUGGCAAGUUUGACUAAAAAUUGCUCUUGUAUUCCCAGUUGCUUGUAGUAUAUUACACAUCAUCAGGCUCACACGGCUGUUUCACAGUGAAUAUAAGCUUAGCGCCCCCUUGCGGCCCGAGUACGCAUAUGCAUUUAACGUUGUUGUACCACGAUCUCUUCAAAUGCGAUGAAAAAAAACUUUGGCGAAUGUUGUGGCAUCUGGCGCUGACACGACCAACUCUCUCUGUCUAUCCUCAACAGUUUCUUUAUUUCGCAAAAAUUCCGUGGAGAAAACAUUUUUGUCCAUGUUUGAAGUCUUGCCUUGCGAUGGGAUAAAUCAUUUUCUGAAGCGAUGAGAUGGAAUUGGGACCUUCACAGCAUCCAACAAACAAGGAUUUCUGUGAGGCAUUGGGUUUUCCACAUUGCAGACCUCUGUAUCACCAACUUAAAUGAGCCUCCACCUGUCCACCAUGAUCUCCCCCAAACUUAAUCCACACCCCAUCUUCAGGAAUUGCCCCAUCGUGAGUUGUGAGAAAUCCAUUCCUGUGGAAAGAUGAUGGAACAUGAACAUUGGUCUGUGACUCUGCUAUGGACCUAGUGAAUCACUGUCGACUAUCCAUGGUUCAAGUGAGGGUUGGCCAACCUGGUCAUUUCUUAAUUACCUACAGACUGUAACUGCACCGUGCAAAGUCUUAUGCAGGAAUGGGGCUACAGCAGUAAUGGAGAAACCACCUUUGACUGUGGAGAGAUCAGAUGAUGCAAUACAUUUGGUCUGCCCCCCCCCCCCCCCACCAGAGGAGCCAUGCACUGCCAGAGAUCUUGAGCCAGGUCUUCACUGGUCAGGACUUCAGUGGUUAUCCAUGGAUAAGAUAAUGAGGUAUCUCAUUGAUUUCGGCAUGACCAUCUUCCAGAAGCUUCUUCCAAACGAAUCUGGAGGCUCUUUCCAUGGAUCUUGGAAUAUCUACAAUAUAUUGUAUAGCUGGUUCAAGUGCGAUUCCAGCUUUUUUAAGAGCUUCUUGACAUUCUACUUCUACUGGCCUUUAUUGUUGUUAACAUCUCCUGUGAAUGUUUAUAGGAGGCCAGUUUUGCCACAAACACAGUAAACCUCGAGUUCAGAUAUAGUUAGAAAACAGGAACUACUUGUAAAAUCAUCUAAUGUUCUUGCUACAAAUUGGACACGGUGAAACAUUACAUUCAUUAUAUCUUAAGUAUGUACUGAGGUACUCACUACAAAAGGAAGUUGGGGUCAAAAGGUCAAGUUUUUGUUCAACUUGGUCACAUUUGUUUAUUUCUGCAUCAAUUAUGUGCACACUUACAUCUGAUCCUUGGGUAAUACUACAUGUACGUUCAUUAGGAUAAUGAAAAUUGCUUAGUCAGGAAAAGUGGCUUAUUGGAUCCUCUAUCUUUUGCUUAUAAUUGUCUCGCCUGCAUAGCAGAGCGAGACUAUAGGCGCCGCUUUUCCGACGGCGGCGGCGUCAACAUCAAAUCUUAACCUAAGGUUAAGUUUUUGAAAUGACAUCAUAACUUAGAAAGUCUAUGGACCUAGUUCAUGAAACUCAGACAUAAGGUUAAUCAAGUAUUACUGAACAUCCUGCCUGAGUUUCAGGUCACAUGACCAAGGUCAAAGGUCAUUUAGGGUCAAUGAACUUUGACCAUGUUGGGAGAAUUAUUUUCAAAAUCUUAACCGAAGGUUAAGUUUUUGAAAUGACAUCAUAACUUAGAAAGUAUAUGAACCUAGUUCAUGAAACUUGGGCAUAAGAUUAAUCAAGUAAAAGUGAACAUCCUGCUUGAGUUUCAGGUCACGUGACCAAGGUCAAAGGUCAUUUAGGGUCAAUGAACUUUGGUCAAGUUGGGGGUAUUUGUUGAAUUACCAUCAUAACUUUGAAAAUUUAUGGAUCUAGUUCAUGAAACUUGGACAUUAGAUUAAUUAAGUACCACUGAAUAUCCUGUGCGAGUUUCAGGUCACAUGACCAUGGUCAAUGGUCAUUUAAGGUCAAUGAACUUUGGCCGUGUUGGGGGUAUAUGUUAAAUUACCAUCCUAACUCUGAAAGUUUAUGGAUCUAGUUCAUAAAACUUGGGAUAUAAGAGUAAUCAAGUAUCACUGAACAUCCCCUGUGAGUUUCAGGUCACAAAACCAAGGUCAAAGGUCAGUUAAGGUCAAUAAACUUAGGCAAUGUUGGGGUAAUUGUUGAAUUGCCAUCAUGAAAGUUUAUAGAUAGAGUGAAUGAAAUGUGGACAUGGGUGUAGUUGACGAGUCUUAAGUCACCGUUCAAAUGUCAUUUAUGGUCAAUGAACGUGGUAUUAUGUCAUUAUAUGAAUGGUGUUUUUGUGAAUGAUUAUUUUAUAGUAGUUUUCAAAGUUAGCACUGCUGCUAUAUUAAAUCGCGUAAUGCAGGCGAGACUGCCAGAGGCGUUCCACUUUUUUCAAAAUUCAAUAUUUCUCCAUCAAAUCUGACAAAUUCAUUAUUUUUUUAUCAGUAAUUAUUAAACAAUGUCAGUAAUAAGAGUAAUUGACGCAAAUAUUCAAUGACGAACUAAAAAAUGUUUCUAAUUGGAUAAAAGCUAACAAACUCUCUCUUAACCUAGAAAAAACUAGCUACAUGCUAUUUAGCAACAAGAUUACGACUGUACCAAAAGAUGUAAUUUUAAAUGAUACUGUCAUUCAAAGAGUGUGAUCUACUAAAUUUUUGGGACUGAUCAUUGACAAAAAACUUUCUUGGAAAGCACAUAUUGAUAAUAUUUGUAAAAUCAUUGCUCGCAACAUUGGUGUCAUUAGAAAAAUAAAUUACUUCUUACCCCAUUAUAUUUUGUUAUCAUUGUAUUCAACGUUAAUUUUACCUUACUUGAAUUACGGAGUUGUUGCAUGGGGUAACGCAGCGAAUUCUCAAAUUGAUAGACUUUUUAUUCUACAAAAAAGAGUGAUUCGUAUUAUUAGUCAUGCAGAAUUCAGGGGACAUACAAAUAUUCUGUUUUUGAUAAAUAAAGUCUUGAACGUUAAAGAUUUAUAUUCUUUUCAACUCGGACAGUUAAUGUACAAGUUAAUCAAUACACAAUUACCGUUACCUUUUAAUUUGUAAAAAAUGAUACAAUUCAUAAGCACUUCACUCGCCAGGCGAGUUCCUUUUAUUUCAUUUACCUCUAAAUAGAACAUCGUUUGCACAGAAGACAUUUGAUUUUACUGGUCCAAAAUUAUGGAAUUCUUUUUCAAAGGUAAUUCAAUACAAAAUUUCAAAGGAAAACUUAAAAAAUAUCUUCUGAAGUCAUAUUAGAUUAUCGUUUUUUCCCAAAGUAAUGUAAUUCAGAACUUAAUAAUUAUGUAAAUGUGUUUAUUAAUUUCUCUUUGUAUAUAUGUUUGAUCGUGUUAUGAUUUCUGUAUACAGU